CGGAAUCCAUUGCGCGGACGAAACGGAAGUUUAGACGGUUGCUCGGGGUGAACAGUGACAGCAGCAUCGCAGGAAACAAAAUUUCAUCCUUUCCCCCUGAACAAACCCGAGCUCCCCUUUCCCUCACCCAUGGCGUCCAAUACUAAUAUAGACAUCGAGGGUGCAACCCAGCAUCUCCGGGACAUCCUCAAGCUCGACCGCCCCGGGAACAGUACCGAUGGAAAUUCAAGUGAAAGUGGUAGAAAGCCAUCUUUUAAUGGAGAGCUGAAUGGGUUAUUGGGAACAGGCCUUCUGGGGAGCACUGACCGGUCAACCAUGUCAGAAUCGACAAGACCCAUCUCCACAGAUCUCAGCAGUGCUCAGGAGAGUCAGAUAAUCUGCCUUUCUGGUGAUGAUGGCUCUACCUGUGUUCCAAUUACUUCUAACAAUGUGGAGAUUGUGGCAAGCCAAGACUCUAGCAUCAACAGCAAGGCUCGAGGCAGCAACAAGGUGAAGAUUCAGCCUGUUGCUAAGUACGACUGGGAGCACAAGUAUUAUUACGGCAGACUGAUAGCUGUGUCCAAUGCCUUCCUGGCCUACGCCAUCAGAGGAGCCAACAACCAUGCUAUGGUUCGUGUCCUCAGUUUGGAGUUUGGUGAGCGUUCCUUACUGAAGGGAUUUACCGGGGCCGUCACAGAUCUGGCUUUCGCCCACCUUGAUUCAUCUCUGUUAGGUUGUGUAGAUGAAGCCGGCAACCUGAUGGUCUGGCAGCUCACCUACACUGCCAACAAGAUACUAGAUCAGAUAGUAGUUCAUAUCCGACGGCCAGAAAACACUCCACUGAAUUCCCAUCGUCGCCUCAUCUGGUGUCCAUUCAUCCAGGAUGACAAUGAGGAGAACCAGGAUGAUGCCAGUCAAACUUUGGCUCUUCUACAUGAAGACAGGGCUGAGGUAUGGGAUCUGGAGGCCUUGAGAGCCAACAACAGCAGCUGGCCUGUUGAUGCCACAGAAGUAAAGGAGGGCCUCAUCGCAGUCAAGGGACAUACUCAGAGAGUCAGUGAAGGCGCACUCUCUCCAGAUGGAACCGUGUUAGCCACAGCCAGCCAUGAUGGAUACAUCAAGUUCUGGCAGAUAUACAUAGAAGGCGGGCAAGACAAACCCAGAUGUCUUCAUGAAUUGCGGCCUCAUGGAGGACGUCCUCUCUCCUGUCUUCUUUUCUGUGACAACCACAAGAGGCAGGAUCCCGAGGUUCCUUUCUGGCGAUUUCUGAUAACUGGAGCUGACCAAAACCAGGAGUUGAAGAUGUGGUGCACUGUUUCCUGGACCUGUUUACAAACCAUCAGGUUCUCCCCCGAUCCAUUAAACUCAUCGACUCUGCCAAGCCUCAAGGCCAGUCUGGACCUCUCUGCUGAGUAUCUGAUCCUCACUGAUGUGCAAAGGAAGGUUUUAUAUGUGAUGGAGCUGCGACAGGACUUGGAGAAAGGAAAGGCAGAUUUCACAGCAGUGUCAGAGUUCCUGCUCACCCACCCUGUGCUCAGCUUUGGGGUACGUGAUGUUACCCAGUGUCGAUUGCGGCACACUGAGGUCCUUCCUGCUGAGGAGGAGAGUGAAAGCAUGACAACAGAGGGCACUCAAGGACCCACAGAGUCCAAAUCUGGAAUCCAGAUUAAACUCUACUGUGUCCACACCAAGAGUUUGCAGGAUGUUCAGAUUUGGUUUCAGCCCAAUGCAGGUUCCAACUCUGCGGCGUUCCUUCCUCAUUCAGAUUCUCAGGAUGGUCUGGCUGGGUUUUCAGACCAUCUCACUGAUCAAAGCUCUGACAAGGAUUCAGGAAGUGGCUCACAGACUGACCUAAGGAAGAUCCCAUCACUUCCUGCUCCCUCAGACUUCCUGUCAAAUUCGGGCACCGGCAGCGGAGUGAUGCCCAAGCUGAUGACUCCUGAUGCCUUUAUGACACCGAGCACUUCAGUACCAGCAUCUCCGGGGAGCAGUGCCAGCAGUCUGACCAUUGUGACAGCUAUAAGCAGCAACUCUGACUCAGCAAACAGAGCUAUGGAGGAUGCAAGUCAGAGUCCUAACAGGGCUGACAACAGCAGUACUGGGCUGGCACUCUCUGCCUCCACCAGCAGCCCAAGAGCUGCUUCCACUGUGCUACUGCCCGGACUCGAGAGUCUGCAGGCUUUGGCAACCCCUAGUGGUCCUCUGGUACUCGACAGCUCUCAGGUUCUAGAUCCUCCACUCCUGCCACCUUUGGCAUCUCCAACUAGAGCCCGCUCCCCUGACGUCAUCUCCUCAGCAUCCACAGCCAUGUCCCAGGACAUGCCAGAGAUCGCCUCUCAGACCCUGCAGCUUCAGCGUGGACUAGUGUCCAGCUUGGAUCCCUUACCUCUUUCUGCCCUCCAGACAGACAGCAUGGCCUCUGCCGCCUCUGCACUGCACUUGUUAACCUCACCACGCUCAGCCAACAACAGCGGCUUGUUGGCCCUUGAACUUGGAGGUGCAGAAGGGCCUGUGGGUGGGGCAGCAGAGUCUGAGUCCAGACUGAGUCACACACCAUCUCUGCUUGAGAAUGCGCUAUCACAGGAAAAUCCUGUGAUAGGAGGAGGGUCCUCAGAUGGCAACGUUAGCCACACACCUUGGCCAGCUGCCCCAGAUAUCACCAGAGAAACCAGGAACAGUCUCAGGGACAACGGACUUGUUGACUGUUCAAGAGAGGAGUCGCAGGACAGACACUUGAGCUCACCUUACCAUCGACGCUCAUAUCACCUGCCACAGAAUGACAGUCAGGACGCUGGAGCCGAGCAGAGUGACCCUGAUGAUGAGGUGGCCAGUCUGGCGUCAUCCUCUGGAAACUGUGGUUCUCGAUCUUCACAUAGACUACCGGUGAAUGAUUGGAAAACCUCACCACGAGGAUCGCCAAAGCCAAAGAGAAAGAUCAAGAAAGACGACAGUGAGUCAUCACAGUCCAGGCAAAUGGAUUCUGGUCAGUUUAAUGCAGAAGUACAGGACGAGUUGAUGAUGCUGUUGCGUAGCCAGCAGAGGGAGUUAACUGAACUGCGGGGACAGAUUGAAACCAUGCAGAGCUCCAUUAUGGCUCAGGUGGAACAUGUCCUGACAAAUCACCGGGAGCAAGAACACCGGAGACUUGAGCGAGUUCUGGCAGAGAGUCAGAAUCAUCAGCAGCAGCUUCAGGAACAACUCAGCCAGCAGCUCAGCCAUGCCCUCAGCUCAGCUCUGACCAACAGGAUGGACAAAGUGCUUCGGGAGGAAAUGAAGAAAACAGUCCCACAAACAAUCUCUAAGACUUUGGAGCCAGUGACAGGCCAGCUGAACAACACAAUCGCUGCUAAACUGACCGCUGUGGAGGUCACCCUGAAGGACAAUGUUGGCAAAGUGGUGAAAUCGAAGAACACAACGGAUGCGAUUGGUCGAGCAGCAGCAGAGGCGAUGCAGGGCCCCAUCCAGGCAGCAUAUAAAGAUGCCUUCCAGAGCAUUGUGCUUCCUGUUUUUGAAAGAGGCUGCCAGUCCAUGUUUCAGCAAAUCAACGACAGCUUCAAACAAGGCACACAAGAAUACAUCCAGCAGCUUGAGACUCAUAUGAAGAACAGAAAGCAGAGAGACCAGGAUACACGAGACCCCAUGAUUGGCCAGCUCCAGCAGAUGAUCGACAACUUCCAGAGCUCCACUGAUCAGCUGGGCAACAACAUCACAGCUAACGUCCGGGCUGAAGUCCAGCAUCAGAUCCAGAUGAUGGUGGGAAACUUGCAGGAGUCUAUUCUUAGCCAUGUGCAGCGGAUUGUCAAAGGCGAGGUGAGCCUAGCGAUGAAGGAGCAGCAGGCAGUGGUCACCUCCAGCAUCAUGCAGGCAAUGAGGUCGGCGGCCGGCACACCAGUUCCCACAGCACAUUUAGACUACCAGACACAGCAGACGAACAUCCUGCAGCUCCUCCAGCAGGGCCAACUCAAUCAGGCUUUCCAGCAGGCUCUGUCAGCGACUGAUCUGAAUUUGGUCUUGUAUGUGUGUGAGACCAUCGACUCUCAGCAGGUGUUCGGACAGCACCCCUGCCCUCUAAGCCAGCCCGUGCUGCUUUCUCUCAUCCAGCAGCUUUCUUCCAACCUCACAACUCGCUCUGAGCUCAAAAUCAGCUACCUGGAGGAUGCGGUAAUGAAUCUGGACCACAGCGACCCCCUGACCAGAGACCACAUGUCGUCCGUGCUGGCCCAGUGUUUCAGAGGAGAAAGCACCAAGGACAGCUUCUCCAGUUUCUUGGAUCCUGAUCAAGAUGCGUCUCUCCUUGUUUCAUUUCUCCUCCUUCCCCCUGUUCUGCACCAGUGAAGUGUCAAGUCAAGAAAUGGACAGUUUUUUGUUUCUCAAUUUUUUGUUUCUUUUUUCUUUUUGUUGUUUUCUUCAAGACAAUAAUGGUCUGGGGCGAAAGCUUACUGUUGAUUUAUGUUCAGAGACUCUUAAGUUCACUGUAGCUACAUCCAGACCUUUGUUACAGCUGCUUUAUUGACCCAAGAGACCUGGUGGUCGUCUCUUCCAUCAAGACUGUCUCAGCCAUGACAGCAAGAGAGCGCUGAGAUUCUUUCAUCCCCCUUAACAACAACUGAAAAAACAAGAAUGAGAAAAAAAAUACAAACAACCUGACACUGUUUGAUUUUACAUCAUCCAGACGUGCAUAAGACUCGAAGAAUGUCCAGCCGAGUGGUCUGUGUGAGGCCAGACAGGGCUGUUCCUUUUGUUGUGCUGUUUCCUCUAAGCUACCUGCCAGGCAUGUUUUGGGAUGCUGAACAAGUUUUGAUGCAGGGGGCUACUUCUGAGCAACAGAAAGAAAACAUGCUUUGCCUCAAAAUGUCGCCUUCUAUUUUGGCCUUAAGAGCAAACAGCAGGCUUGUACACAUUGUUACUUUCUUCAACACAGACCAGCAUCCUUCUGCUAAAGCCUGGAAUUUGGUAGUCGUAGGAUUAUCCUCCCUUAGUUCAGUUUUUCUUUGCUUUUUCUUUCUUUUCUUUUUUUUCUUUUUGAAGCUAAUCCUGGCAACCAAAAGAAUAUGUACCACCCAAAGCCAAUUUUUUUUCUUCGUUGGUGGCAUAUUUCCUAUGAGCUGUUUCUUAAUAGGUCUCCAACCUAUUAAGAAAUAGGUCUCCUAUUUGUUUGGCCCUUGCCAGACUAGAUCUUUGAAGAGAAUCGACACUAUAAACCUUUUUGAUAGACAAUAAUGCAAUUUGCUCAUGACUUUUUCACCUGCUUUGGUUUUAGAAAUCACUCUAAAGAGGAUUUUCUGAAGGAUACAUUGAGUGUAAGAAAUGUUUGCAGAGGUCUUCCAGGCUGUAAAGAAUUCCCCUUCAAAACCUGAAAUGUUUGGAGCUCAAUAUUGAAGCCGGCAGCCGUCCACAUGUACAGCUCUGUCGUCAGACUUCUCCCCAUGUUUUUUCUUCCCUUUUUUAUAUAAACAUUUAGUAUUUGUAAGCCAUGUAUACUUGCGUUAAGACUUGUCAAAGUAGCUUAAUAAUUGGAGAAAAAAAAAGGAACCUUGGUAAACAUUAAAUGUUACCGAUCCUGUUGUUUUACCUGGCAAUUGCAAAUAUUGCUUGUAAACUCAAUGUGCAGUGACUUCUCUUAGGCUCUAGGAGGCAGCACUUAGACAUUCAUCCUGCUUGAAAUUUAGGUUUUGAAUCCAGAAGUCAUUCCUGCUCUUACAGUAUCAAUGAAAAGCCUGCCUUUAGAUUGUAAGCGCACCGUUUGUUCACAUUUACACUGAGUUCAAAGUGUAUGAUAUUUUGUGUAGAUUCCAUUCACACACCUCAUUGUUUCAUGACGGGGUGGCUGCACUGAAUUGCUGAUUGUAAAAUAAAAGUUCAGUUAAUUUCAA